UCAGAUAGUUGAAAUGCCGAAACAGAUCAACAGAUGUGAAAGUGUCUAAAACGCCGAAACACCUAUACGUACGUAAGCGUACCUAUAGUUAGGGCUAUCCCUAUUCGUACGUAAACGUGCGGUUAGGCAUUAGGCUUUGGAUUUCAUUCAUCAACAUUAUCAUAUCAUAAUAAAUAAUACCAAAUUAUAACAAAACAAAAAGUGAAGGAAUAAUUAAAUAACCGUUUUUCAAGUUUUCCAUCAUUCCGGAGCCAUACUAUUUUUAUUCUUAAUAUGUGGAGCAGACUGAGCUAAAUUGGUUAGCUCAGAAAAUUCAAUAUUCAGAAUAAUUUUCAUGGGAGCCGAAGAACAUGUUGAUCAAGAAAGAAAUUCCACAGGGUGGUAUUAUUCUUGAAGAGAAGCCUUUCGUGUACACACUGUGCUCGAGAUUCAGAACGGCGCGCUGCGAUUUUUGUUUCAAAAACGGAGAACUAUUGAAAUGCUCUUCUUGUCAGUAUGUCUACUAUUGUGGAAGAGCGUGUCAAAAAGAAGGCUGGUCAGUACAUAAAUUGGAAUGCCAAUACUUAAAGAAAAUAUUUCCGAGGAUAUUGCCAGAUGCAGCAAGGAUAUUGGCUAGGUUGAUUAAGAUUCUGGAAAAAGGAGGGGAUCGUGUCAAAUCAUAUUAUACUGAAAAGGAUUAUAGGCUGUUCAAGAAUCUCAUGUCACACUAUCCGAAUCUUAAAAAUGAUCAAAGUAGAAUGGAACAUUUCUCAUCUUUAUACGGAGUUCUAUAUGAAUUUUUCGAUGAGAUUCUACCAAAUUCAGCCGAAUUAAUGGGAAUGUAUGGUAGGAUGUGUGUCAAUUCUUUCAGUAUUUGCAACCAAGAGUUCCAUAGUAUAGGGACCGGAAUAUAUUUGGCUGCAUCGGUAGUUGAUCAUUCCUGCCAACCUAAUGCGGUCGUUACUUUCGAGGGAACCACAUUGGUGAUGAGGGCGCUGGAGAAAUUGCCGAGUUUAAAUUGGUCCAAGAUAUUCAUCAGUUACAUAGAUGUCAUGGCCCUGAAAAGUGAAAGGCAGGCAGAACUAGAAAAGACAUAUUAUUUUUUGUGCCAAUGUCCGAAAUGCCUGGAACCUGAGCCAAUCAUUGAAAUGACAGGUGCUGCUUGUCCCAAUCUGAAGUGUGAUAAUUGUAUAGACAGUAUGAACAUGGCACCUGGUCAAACGUGCCAAAAGUGUAAUGAAGUUAUAACAAAAGAGUUCAUAGAAAACUUCAAAGAGGUUAUUGACAUAACGAAUAUGCACCUGGAUAAUAUGAAAGAAAAAACAUUAGAUCUGGAUGUUUGUAAUGUAUGUCUAAAUAAACACAAAGGUGCUUUGUACAGAUACAAUGUGAAACACGUGAAGAUGUUGGAUUUGGCAUUUGAUAGCUCAAUAGAAUUCCAAAAGUUUGAUCAAGCGACUAAACAUGGUUUAGAGUUGAUAAAAAGUUUUUACGACUAUUACGGUAAAAUCCAUCCAAUGACAGGUCUACUGCAUUUGAAGCUAGGAAAAUUAUUGAAUUUUCAAAAUGAUACUAAACCAGCAUUUGAGCAUUUGGAAAAAGCGAAAGAAAUUCUGCAAAUUACUCAUGGUACUGGAAGUUCGAUCUUCCGAGAGCACGUGAUACCUCUUUUUCAGCAGUUCGUUAUGGAUAGCAGAUGAAAAUUAUAUGUCAUAAAUGAAAUUGUAAUUAUAUUGAUCAUUCCGUGUAUAAAUAGUAUUUGAUGCAA